GGUGUAUUGCAACAGGAAACCGCUCGAAUACACCAUCAAACGUACAGGGGAAGAAACAUUUUACUCUGUUAAACUCCCCCCCAAAAAAACCACAAGACGACGGUGUAUGGUCAGCUAAGAGAUCAAAUACAGUAGAAGAAAACAUGUAGAGUAACCAAGAACCUUGGUGUCCUUAAAACGAGUCGUUUACCGAUGCAAAAAGCCGAGAAAGAUGGGGGACGAGUCCAUUGCUAUUGCAUUAUAUGAAUAUAAUGCUCAACAGAAAGAGGAACUUUCUAUCAAGAAAAAUGAAAAACUGACCAUUAUUGAUGAUUCUCAAACCUGGUGGAAAGUUAAAAAYGAGAGAAACCAAUCUGGUUAUGUCCCUUCAAAUUAUGUUGAUAGGAAAGGGCCUAAAAAGCAACCUGUACAAAUAUUGAAGAAUAUAUUUGGUAAAGGAGCAAAGAAGGGUCAGUCUGACAGUAAUGGCUAUGACAAUGAGAGGAAUCAAUAUUGUACACCAGAAUCUGUCCUUAUUCCUCCUCAUACUAAAGCUGCAAUAUGUCAAGUUAAAGCCAAGUUCAGUUAUAAACCAAGAAACAAAGAUGAACUUGAACUCAAUAAGGGAAAUUUAAUUGACGUUCUUGAAAAAGAACACGAUGGUUGGUGGAAAGGACGAAGUGGUAAUAAUGUUGGGUGGUUUCCUUCCAAUUAUGCCGAAGAGGAUACUUUGAGUGAGAAUCCGAAUUUUAAAGUUGUGGCUUUGUAUCCGUUUAGCUCCUCUAAUCCAGAAGAACUCAACUUUGAAAAAGAUGAAAUAUUAGACAUUAUAAGGCAGCCAGAAGGGGAUCCUGACUGGUGGGAGGCCAAGAAAAGUGAUGGAAAAACUGGGCUUGUACCCAAGAACUAUGUUAAGACUUUGUCAGAAGAUGCUCCAGCAAGACCUCCUUCUCAAUCACAUCCUACGAAAAAGCUGCCACUCUCACCAAAUGACUCAGCUCAGGCUUUCCAAAAAGUUUUGCUCCCAUCACACAAAGCUCUCUCAUUUGGAAAUGAGGAAUGGUUCUGGGGACAGAUUUCAAGAGAAAAUGGUGAAAAGCUAUUGGGUAUACAUGGUGAUAAUGGAGAUUUUCUCUUACGAGAAAGUGAAACUCGGGGAGGYGAUUUUUCUGUGUCUAUGAAGGCUCCUGACAGGAUCAAACACUUUCGAAUCCAAACCCUGGAUAGUGGAUAUAAGAUUGGUCAGCGCACGUUCGAUUCUCUUGAUGCCCUUAUCGAACAUUACAAGAAAUCGCCCAUCUUUACUAAUGAAAAAGGGGAUAAAAUGUACCUUGUCAAGCCUGUUGUAAUGUAAAAAAUUGGAAUAAUUAGAAAAAUAAAUGACUGGUCUAUUAGUUAGCUCAAACAUUUUUUUACUUAGUUUAUAUAUGUGGAUAGUAAAGAUACAUCAGGGAUGUUCCUUAAAGAUGCUGUGGAUAGCUAUCAAUGUUCUUUUAAUCUGAAUGAAUCUAAUCAAUUCUGGAUGUAUUUCUCUUUGGACUUAAAUAUUUAGAUGCACAUUUGUAAAUCAAUAUACAACUCUAUGUAUGUCACAGUACUCUUUCACUUUCUAACAGGUUAUAGCAUAAUAAAGGCAAGGAAGCACUUUAUGACUUGUUAAAUCCAGGCUUAUUUAACGCUCGAGUGGUUUUCAUAAACUCGUGAAAUCCACUCUAGUCACUAAUUAUACGACUUUGUUUCACAGGCAAAGUAAAAUCACUCUAGCUAUACUGUCAACUUUGUUUCGCAGGCCAAGGAAAAUCAUUCUAGUAGACUAAUAGAGCUUAAACAGAUUUUACUUUGCCCUUGAAAGGAAAACAAAAGAAAUCUAUGGAAUUAGUAUCUAUGGCAGAACCUAUGCAAUAAAUACUUGUACUUGU